AUGUUCUCCAAGAACAACAAUGUCUGCCACUACUUUGCUCACCUCAGCAUGUCUCCUGUAUACUCUAUCCUCUUUGCCCUUGCUGCUUCUACCGUAUCUACUCGUGCGAUCCCCAUCUUGCAACCCACAGAUGUCCUCCGACUAGAUGCAAAUGGCUCCUUUCAACUCAGUAUUUUCAGUGACCUACAUUAUGGAGAAGCAGAAGACACACUAUGGGGUCCGGAGCAAGACGUCAAAAGCGCUAGAGUCAUCAACUCUGUCCUCGACAACGAACAGACCACGGGCCUAGUUGUCUUGAACGGAGAUCUCAUUACUGGCGAGAACACUUUCCUGCACAACUCUACCAGAUACGUCGACUCUGUCGUGGCCCCCCUGGUGAAACGCGGCAUGAGCUGGGCCAGCACAUACGGCAACCACGACAGUGAUUUUAACCUCUCACGCGAGGGCAUCUUUGCAGAAGAAUCGAAAUAUCCGCUCAGUCGCACAAAGAAUAUGGUCUCUGCAUCUGAUGCAGGUGUGUCGAAUUACUACCUGCCUGUAUACGGCAACGACUCCGCCACUCCAGAAUUCUUGCUCUGGUUCUUUGACUCUCGUGGCGGCAACUACUUCCAGCAAGAAACUGCAGCUGGAGAUCCAGUGCCUCAGCCCAACUGGGUUUCUGAGAGCGUUGUUGACUGGUUCACCGAAACUCGAUCUGCUCUGGAGGACAAGCAUGGACGUGUCGUACCCAGUGUCGCAUUUGUCCAUAUACCUGUCAACGUCAUGGCGGCUUUCCAAGCCGCAGGCGUUAAUGCCAAUCGUGAGCCGGGUAUCAACGACGACAACCCGCUGGCUCAACAAGGCUCUGCCUCAGGUCAAGGUGAGGUCAGCGGCACGACAUUCAGCUACAAUGGCCAGGACAUACCCUUUAUGCAAGCUCUUCUCGACACCAAAGGCCUCAAAGCAGUCUUUUCAGGUCACGAUCACGGCGAUGAUUGGUGCUUCAGGUGGGAGUCCAAGCUGAAGGGCAUGAACUUGACUGGCAAUGGAUUGGAUCUUUGCUUCGGCAGACAUAGCGGAUAUGGUGGUUAUGGAUCAUGGAUAAGAGGAAGCAGGCAAGUUGUGCUCAAGAAGGGCAAAGAGGAUGUUGAGACGUGGGUGAGGCUGGAAGACGGAAGCGUCAGUGGCAGAGUCACUCUUAACGGCACAUAUGGGCAAGACUCGUAUCCUGCUGUGCGAUCGUAG